AUGUCAACAAUGCAAAGACAAGUCGGGGUCCAGGGCUCCCUCCUCGCUGAUGGGGACUGCUUCGAUAUGUGGCACGACUACAUGAAGCUGGGCAGGCUGCUGGAGAGGCUGUGCCGCGGGCGUGAGGAGGACCACAGAGACGCCGAGGGCCCAAAGAAGGACCAGGCCGCGCCGUGGAGCCACAUCCAAGUCUCAUCCCGGCAGGAGGAGUACAAACACUCCACAGAGAGCAGCUCGGCCAGCAGCCUGUCUGACACCAGCUGCAGCGGGACUUCCUCAGUCUGCUGCCGCUUCUGCAAGCAGAACGGAGAGUCUCCGAUGGUGUACCGCUCACACAAGCUGAAAUCCGACGAAGGGAGAGUCACCUGCCCCAUCCUUCGGAACUACACCUGUCCCAUCUGUGACGCCACCGGGGACUACGCUCACACACGCAGGUACUGCCCGCAGGCGCAGCGGCGCGAGGCUGCGAGGAUGCUGCGAAGGGGCACGUUCUGGUAA